AUGCGCUCCCCUGACCUCUUCAUCGGAAUCUCCCUCCUCGCCGUCGCCGUCGCCGCAGCGCAGACCUGCGACUACGGCCAGGGCCACACCUGCAUCAGCCCCGACGCCAGCGCAUCCGUCGCGCUCCCCAUCCCGACGCUGUUCCCAUCCUCCGCGCCGCCGUCCUUUGUCCUGGCCGUCGACGACCUCGCCCACGCCGACAUCAUCGCCAUCACCGCCGCCAACAGGGACGUCAACGUGCCCAGCGCGUCCGCCAACGGGCCCCUGCAGGCCGUCUCCUGGUGGCUCGAGUUCGGCAACGCCACCGCCAACCUCAGCGGCGGCCAGGAGCGCGCGUACACGGCCUGGGCGCUCGAGUCCAACGCGACGAGCGACAUCGGCGGCGCGGACGGCGGCUGCGAGGGGCUGCUGGGCAAGGACUGCGUGGACGACUUGAAGACGCUGUUUACGGAUAAGAACACGCUCGAGAUUGGCGCGACGACGGUCGGGGGCGCGAUGAUGAAGUUUUUCGCGACGCCGCCAAGGAACAUACGCUGCCCGAGCAUAUACUGGGGCGAUGGCUCGGGAAGGGACUUGUCGCUGUUCGGGACGUCGGACACGCGCCCGCUGGUGGCCAACUCGGAAUGGAUCGCGCGCCUCUCGGACAAGUUUUUGAUGCACGGGGGACCGGUGUCGGGCAACGCGUCGCACACGCAUGGCCGCACGACGAUACGGUUCCGCUCGCUCGAGGAGCAGAAGAAGCUUGCCGUCGUCGCGUUUUCGCUGGGCUAUCCAGCGGGCGGGCCGGGAGAGCGCGCGGAGAACACACUCAACAUGGCUUGUCUGCGAAUCGGCAAGGCAGACAAGGAGAGUGGCAGUGGCGGCAACGGCGGAGGCAAAAAUGACAAAGGCAGUGCUGCUGGAAAACUAAGACUUGGCGCAGCUACCCUCGCUGUCACGGUGAUCAUGUUGUUACUCGCCGUAUAA